AGUUUUUCUUUCAUCGGACCACGUGGCACGUGCGCGUAAUUUGUAGCGUGAUUCAUUAAAGAAAACGGCGGUAUAUGUAUAUAUGUGUAUAUAUACUUCUAUGAAUGCCAUUGGCCGGAAAGAGAAACGGCAAAGAGAAAUAAUAUAUAUGUGUGUAUCAACAACACGCUUGACAUCGUCUUCUUUUCUUUUUCAGUCUUCAUUCUACCAAAAGAAAAGGAAAAGAAAAAAGAAGAGGGCGUGGGGGAAAGGUAGCGUGAGAACCGGCGGUUCUCAGAGGCUUCCUUACCGAGGUGAUGCUACUUAAUAAAACGGCUGAUUGUUGACAGCAACCAAUUUUAUUUUGACAAUAAUUGUGUGAAGUGCUUCUCAUUGAACGUUAGGUUUUUGCCGAAGGUAAAGGGGAAGGUAAACCCAUCGAGACCUUGUGACGGCGUCGCAAACGACAAAUAUUCAUCCCCUUCUUUUUUUUUCCACACACACGCACACACAUACACGAUGGAGGAUGCAUUAAAGCGCGCAAUUGAAGACGCUGUUGUGCGUGAUGCCUGCGAUGGCAGCUGCUUCCUCGCCCUGCACCCUAUCUACUCCUCCCCGCCUUACCUCUGCUUUCGCGUCGGUCUAUGCCGCGCCUCGGUUGUGUUGCUCUCCUUUGUGCUGCUUGCGUGCGCGCUGCUCGGUCAUGUGCUACCCUGCUGCCAGACCGCCUACGGGGUGACACAGUGGUACGUGUGGGCACGGGCGUGGCUCAACGGCCAGGAGCUGCCGUACCUCGACCGCCGCGAGGAUGUGCUGCUCCUGCGGUGCACCGCCGCGGGCUUCGUUCUCGCGGGACUCGCGGUAUGUGUGACGUCGAUCGAGUUGUCGAGGGCGUGGUCGUGCGCUGAGUCCGCGCGUACGCGGGAGGAGGUGGAUAACAGAUGUUUGAGAGAGGUGUACGCGCGUCAGCUGAUGUCAAUGACCUCUUCCGCGGGGACGUGUGAUGGCACGAGCAGCGAUGAUGUCGACGUCCGCAUGGCGCAGGCGGUCCGUUCACGUAACACAACCACAGGCAAUCACGGACAGGUCAUCUGUAUUCCCUUCGAGGAGCGGGAACAGCAGCGACGUUGCGCGUUGAAUCGAACGGCGACGAUCGCUCUCAUCUGUCUGCUCUGCGCAGCACUCUUCUCUGCACUAACGGUGCUGCUUUUAUGGCUGGACUAUUCUCUGGUGGUGCGACAGCGCGAGGAGGCAGAGGCGCGGCUUGCGCCCGGCUUCACCUGCUUCGUUGCCUCAGGUGCGUGCGGACUUGUCAGCGUGGCCUUUUUAUUGAUCUCGACGCUCUCGCAGGGGUGUCUCUUUCGCGGUAGCGCGGCGGUUCCCUGCUGUCUUCUUAUGCGGGUGUCGGAUAGUGUGCUGAGCGCCGGUACCAGCGGCGCUUCUUCGGGACACGACAGCGACGUUCGGCUGUCGAGGGUUGCCACAACGACACCGGACCGGCAAAACGCGAAGGAAGGCGGCAGCGAGGAGGACACGAAAGCACCGCACCGGCCACACUUGUCUCUGUCGGCAAAUCUGCAUUCCGCUGCAUCGGCAGCAGAUCACGACAAAAUGACGUUGCGGACUUCGCCGGCGUCGGCGGAACUGCACAGGUCUACUGCUGUUCCGCCUAGCGGCUUAGAGAAGGUAGUUCGUCGCUCGAGGCGGCGGCGGGAGUAG